UUCACCUUUCCCUCUUUUGGGAAAGUAUUUAGCGAAGAAAAGGAGAAAAAGAAUGGUGAUGGGGUUAUGGAAUAGGAUCACCGGUGUUAUUAAAGACAAGAAGAGCGUUGUCUUAGCUAAUUUUCCGGGGAAAAGUUCCUACCGGAGUGCCGUUCUGGAGACCGCCAUCAUCAACGCCACGAGUCAUGAUGAAGGUCGCAUUGACAAGAGGAGUGCUCAAAUCGUCUUCUCUUGGAUCCGGGCGUCGCCGAUUAGUAUACGGCCUCUCCUUUGGGCAUUGUCGACAAGGAUGGACAAGACUCGGAGUUGGGUGGUCGCUAUUAAAGGUUUGAUGCUGAUGCAUGGAGUGUUUCACUGUAAUGUCCCGGCCGUUCAAAAGAUGGGGCGUUUGCCCUUCGAUCUGUCGAGCUUUAGCGACGAGUAUUCGGGGCCGAGCCGAACGUGGGGUUUCAAUGCUUUUAUACGUGAAUACUAUGCGUUUUUAGAUCAGAGAGCUACAAUUUGGUCCGAAAAAGAUUAUCGAAAAGGCGACCAAGGUUCAUUGAUGUCGCAGCAGCUUACGAGACUUGAUAAAUGGCAAUCUUUGCUCGAUAUGUUGCUUCAAGUCAGGCCUCGGGCCCAAAAUAUGAAACUUGGCUUGAUUCUCGAAGCCAUGGAUUGCAUCAUCAUCGAGAUAUACGAUGUUUAUAGCCGAAUUUGCACUGAAAUUACAAAUGUUUUAUUAAGUGUAUAUUCGGCCGAGAAAUCAGAAGCUGCAUCGGCACUGAAGAUACUUCAAAAGGCGACGGUACAGGGUGAACAACUUUCGUCGUUUUUGGAGUUUUGCAAGGAGUUCGGAGUCUUAAAUGCCAGCGAAAUUCCGAUGAUUAGUCAGAUUCCAGAGGAAGAAGUGGAAGAACUCAAAAGAAUCAUCAAUGGGGCUUCGCAUAUGAUCACAGUGUGCAAGGGCCACGAAGAUCCCGCCGUUGUUGAAUACAAAGAAGUAAAGGAACGUUUUAAGACGGUAAUAACAGAGGAAUGGGUGGUUUUUGAUGAAAAUACAAAGAUCAACGAAGAAAAUAAUGACAAGAUUUCAUCUGCCCAAGAAUCAGCUGCACUCAUUGAUCAUGUUCCAGCUUAUAAUCAUCGUGAAAUCCCAGAUUUCAUUUGUUUCUAGCAGCUUAAUUUGGAGAAAU